CCACUGGAUGGCCUCGCGCAACUUUCCCUCCUUCAUAAUGCCAUAAGACAUUCCUGGGGCUCGCUGUUAGACAGCCCCGCGGAACAGAUGAUUGGCAGAGAUGCCUCGAACAAAAGUUACAGCUCGGCGCCCCAAGCCUUUUCGACCGGACUCCAAAGUCGGCAUUGAUGACCCGAUUCCGGCCGAAGUCGUUCAGUACAUCCUAGCCAUACCUUCUUCAUCCGCCGGCAUUGAUGACGCGACCGAAAGUUCUGCGGCCGAGCCGCCCAACAAGCGGCUCAAGCUUGAUCCUCGCCCCGACCUCGCCAUCUCUGUGGCCAAGAGCCAAGUAUCGUUUCGUCGCCCCUGCACAGAGGACACACCGAAGACUUCCACCAAGACUUUUCACGAUGUGGAAGGAUACUUGCGAAUCGGCCUUUCCAAAGGAUACAUGACGACGGGCAUACCGCUGAGAGAUGGCACUCUUCAGGGCAGGGGUCUAGCCCUGUCAUCGCCUUCGACGUCCCCGAUAGGGAAACUAGACACUUUGAUAGCGCUCAGACCGCGAGAAGCUGCGAAACAGGCGAUUCAAAUAUUCGAUACCCCGGCGCACAGCAUCGCACAUAAUGAACCUGGCCGUUUGUGGAAGGCGAUGGGUAUCGCAGUCGAGUGCGAUGGCAAAAUGACGACGGUGACCGUAGCCUUGGAGCUUUUUUGGAACUCGACACCAUCCCCAUUCUUCCGCUUGCGGAGGAUUCUCGAGCGCAAAGAUAGCCAAGCUGUCAUCAACGCCUUCUACCCGACCGUUGCACCCGAUAAAGCUUGGUCACCAAUGGACUUUUACGACGCGGCAUUCGUGCCACCAAAAGACGAUAGCCAUGCCGCAUCGAUAGAGGUUCCGGGGCUGGAGGCGACACUUUUUCCUUACCAGAAGCGUACGUUGAAGUGGCUUCUCGCAAGAGAGGGCAUGGAGUGGGAUGCCGAGGAAUCACGACUUCGACCACUUUCGAAGCAGGGAUCUACAUCAAGAAUCGACACGUUUCGAGAUGUUCGCGAUUCAAGUGGAGAUACAGUGUUUGUCAGCGAUGUAUUCCAGACGAUUACACGAGACAAGUCGCUCUACGAGGAAGCGGACAGGGCAAUCAAAGGUGGCAUCCUGGCGGAGGAGAUGGGCCUAGGAAAGACCUUGGAAAUACUGGGCCUCAUACUUCUCAACUCCUGUAUGGACCUACCGACCCUGACAAAAGAUCCCAAGGGGCGCACAUCAAGUCGUGCCACCCUCAUUGUUACCCCCGAAUCACUGCGACAGCAAUGGGUGUCUGAAAUGGCACGCCACGCGCCAUCGCUGCGGGUCAAACACUACGAGGGCUGCAAGAAGCUUCAGGGAGAGGAAGACGACAUUGUGCAGGACCUAGCGGAACACGACAUUGUCAUCACGACUUACUCUGUCUUGUCUGCCGAAGUCCAUUUCGCUCAAGAGCCGCCAAAACGCCCUCGUAGAUACGAGCGCGCGUAUCCUAGGAUGAUGUCGCCGCUCGUCAAGAUCUCAUGGUGGAGACUCUGUCUGGACGAAGCACAGAUGAUUGAGAACGGGUACAGCCAAGCAGCAAUCGUUGCACGAGCGCUGCCUCGCGUCAACUCCUGGGGAAUCACCGGAACCCCUGUCAAGGACGACGUCAAGGACUUACUUGGCCUUUUGUCUUUCUUGGGUUACGAGCCAUACUGCUCGGCAUCACACGUCUGGCAAGCUUUGAUAAACAAUCACAAGCCGGUCUUCCAGCAGAUAUUCAGGGCAAUAUCGCUGCGACACACCAAGGCUCUGGUCCGAGACGAAAUCAUGCUCCCGCCACAGAAGAGAUAUGUCAUCAGCAUGCCCUUCACGGCUGUCGAGGAGCAACACUACCAGUCGCUUUUCAAGGAGAUGGCUGAGGAAUGCGGGUUCGACCUGGAGGGCUCUCCUGUAGACGAACACUGGGAGCCGGAAAAGUACGAAGAUGCAAUGAGGGUGUGGUUAAACCGUUUGCGACAGACGACGUUGCACCCAGAAGUUGGCGUGUAUAGUCGCCGACUCCUGGGGUCAAACAAGAACCGACCGAUGAGGACGGUGGAUGAGGUUCUCAACGCCAUGCUCGAGCAAAGCGAGAAUGCAAUUCGAAACGAUGAGCGGGCGUAUAUCUCGAGCCGGCUCACGCGAGGUCAGCUGUAUGAGAACAGCCCGCGCGUGAAAGUUGCACUUGACAUCUGGGAGCAAGUGCGGGCGGAGACCGAAAAGCUUGUGGCGGAUGCGAGGGUGAGACUUACGGAUGCCAUCCGCGAUCAGGGUGGGGAGGAGGCCGUCACGAAGGCAGAGUCCAACGACUUGUCCGACUUGUCGGAAUCAGAAGCUGAGCACGAAGAUGGCGAGAAUAAGGGGCGAAUUAGCGAGUGCCGACGGCGGUUGCGUUCGUCGCUUGAGCUACAUCACAAGGCCGUCUUCUUCUGCGCCAACGCCUAUUUUCAGAUCCGGGACAAUGCAGAAAUGACAGAGCCAGAGUCAGAAGAGUUCAAGCGGCUCAAGAAGCUGGAAGAUGAGGGUUACGAUCAGGCCAAAGUCAUCCGUCGAGAGAUACUUCGUGAGAGCAAUCGCAAGGCCACGCGGCUCAUGAAUAAGAUCAAGCGCAGGGCUGCGAAUCAGCAGUUCACGGAGAUCCCGGAGCUUGUCAUCAAGUCGGAAAAGGGCCUUGAGAGCGCGCGCGUCGUGGAGAAUCUCGAGGAUCUCUACGGCGAGCUGAACGACCAGGCCAACGUGGUUGAUGAGUGGCGGGAGGAAGUUGUGCAGCUACUUCUACGGCCCCUCGUCGAUGAGGAAGACGAGGUCGAGACGACAGGCGAGGAGCUCGCAGACUCUGCCAAGUUCCAAGACCUGCUCAUGGUCUACUACCAAACCCUGAGGGCAGCCAUAGCCGACCGCCAGGACGCCAUUACAGGCCAGACAAACGAGCUCGUGAAGCACGAGACGGAAACGUCCAUCAGGCUGGCCAAGGAAGGCGACGGACCUGCACCGGAGAAGCUCCUGGAAAUGCUCGCGAAGCGUGCCGAGGUCAAGCCGGGACGGGCGCAAAAGUCGAUGAGGGCUGCUAUUAGCGACCUUCGUGGCCUGCAGACCAGGCUGACGCGCGAUACGGCGCCGACUGCGAGAGAGGCGGUGGAAGCCCGCAUCGUGGCUGCGCAUAUGACGUCGACACAUGCGCAGCUCACAGCGCAAAACAAGGCCGCGGCGGCGCUCGAAUCGGAGAUUGAGAGCUUCAAGACGGCCAUGAACACGCGUCUUGAAUAUUACCGGCAGCUGCAGGCCGUGUCGGACGCAGUCCUACCUUACGAAGGCUCCAAGACAGACGAGGCAAUUGCCAAGAUGGCCCAGCAAGAAGAGGACAUGCGGCGCAAGCUCUCGUCGGCCGAGGCAAAGCACCGAUAUCUUCUUAACUUGAAGGAAGCGGGCUCCAAGUCCAACGAGCCGCGCAUGUGCGUCAUCUGCCAGAUGCCCUUCACGAUUGGCGUCUUGACCGUCUGCGGCCACCAGUUCUGCAAGGAGUGCAUGACCAUGUGGUUCAAGGCGCACCACAACUGCCCCGUCUGCAAGAGGGCGCUCAAGCCUUCGAAUCUUCACGACAUCACCAUCAAGCCGCAGCAGCUGCAGGUCACGAGCGAGCCGUCCUCCAGCAGCAACAGGGCCGGUAGUAGCAACGCCGCCGCGGCGAGCUCCCCCCAGCAGAGACGAGGCAGCGCCUCCAUCGGUCCCGCCGCCGCACCGCGCAAGUCCGCCAUCUACGCCGAGUUCAACGCGGACCAGCUGGCGGAGAUCAAGAACGUGGACCUGGACGGACCCUCGUUCACGACAAAGGUGGACACGCUGGUCAGGCACCUCGUGUGGCUGCGCGAGUCGGACCCCGGCGCCAAGUCCAUCGUCUUCUCCCAGUACCGCGACUUCCUGACGGUGCUGCGCAACGCCUUCCGGCGGUUCCACAUUGGGCACGCCUCCAUCGACGAGCAUGCGGGCAUCGCCAAGUUCAAGGAGGACCCGGCCGUCGAGGUGUUUCUGCUCCACGCCCGCGCCCACUCGUCCGGGCUCAACCUCGUCAACGCCUCGCACGUGUUCCUCUGCGAGCCGCUCCUCAACACGGCCCUCGAGCUGCAGGCCAUUGCCCGCGUCGACCGCAUCGGCCAGCAGCACGAGACGACCGUCUGGCUCUACCUCGUGUCCGGCACCGUCGAGGAGAGCAUCCACAACCUCUCGGUCCGGCGUCGUAUGGAGCACAUGGGCGGGGGGCGCCGCCGCCACCACUACCACCACCACCACCAGGACCAUCGUCCCGACGACGCCAACGACAGGGAAAAGGAACGAGAGGCCACGCCCGAGCAGCUCCAGCUCCUCGACGCGAGCAUCGAGGCCGCCAACACGCUCGAGCUCGAGCACGCCGCGCUGUCCAGGCUCAUGAGCAAGGACCGCUCCGCCGGCGAGGUGGUCGACAAGGGCGACCUGUGGGAGUGCCUGUUUGGGCGGCCGCGACAACACGUCGCCGCGGCGACGGGGAGCGAGGGCGUGACCGAGGCCAACAGCGGCAGCGGCGGCGACGGCGGCCGUCCUAUUGCAGAUCCGAGGCUUCGAGACAAGGCCGUCAUGGGCUACCUAGCAGGCGAAGCGGCCGAGCAGCGGAGGACCUGAGACGGGUAGAGUUCGGCCCGGCCCGAGGUGGGCGUCUUCGGUGGAGGCAACAAGAAACGUGACAUGGUGUUGACGACGUUAUGAGUAUGAGCAGCUCCCGAGGGCUGCCUGACGGGCGCUGUCGGGAUUGGAUGCCCUGCUUGCCCCAAACCGUGUGCAUAGCCUGAUAGAGGACGUAAAACGUAGAGUAACAAAAGAGUCCGUCAUAGGUAAUUAUGAAAAGACGCCAUGGUAAAGUGA